CUUUAAUCAUAUUAGGUUUUCGUUGUCUUCAUAGUUUUCCUAAAAGGCUACAUGCUUUUUAGUAAAUUCACCUAAAGAAAAUUGAAAUUUAAUUGUAAAUUAUAUAGUUUCAGGUUUGGAUCAAAAUUAAACAAAUUCUUUAAUCAGGUAGAAAGAUGGAUAAAUACUAGUAAAAGUUAAAAAUAACAAGGAUGGAAGAUUAUAGAAACUUUAAAAGAUAAAGAUAAUUAUUACAUUUGUUUUUAGAGUAAAGAUAAGAACCACAAAAGGGUGAUUAAUGACUUUGAUAUUAAAAGAGUGGAUAAAGAAAUAGGCAUAAUUUAAGUCAUUUGAACAUAUGUCAAAAGAAUUACAAGAAAAAUAAAAAACUUUUAAAGCAUUUAUAUAAAUCAAAAUUAAAUAUCAGACAGAGAGAAUGCUCAUACAAUGAUAUUAGAUUAAACUGAGAAAUGAGUUUAAUGGUGUGUUAUUAUUAAAGUUGGAAUACUAAUAGUAAUCAGUUUAUCUUAAAUCUAAAUUGUUUAGAAUUAUCUCAAAGACAAAGAUUAAAGUGAAUAAGUGUGAU